AUUGAAACAGGUGUGAAUAAAUAUUAUUAUUAUUAUUAUUAUUAUUAUUAUUAUUAUUAUUAUUAUUAUUAUUGUUAUUUGACUGCGGAUGCAGCGUUAGCAUCAUCAUCAUUAUUAUUAUUAUUAUUAUUAUUUGACCACGGACGCAGCAUUGACAGCAUCGAAACGGGUGUAAAUAAUAAUAAUAGUAAUAAUUAUUAUUAUUAUUAUUUGACUGUGGAUGCAGCGUCAACAUUAUUAUUAUUAUUAUUAUUAUUAUUAUUAUUAUUAUUAUUAUUAUUAUUAUUAUUCAACCACGGACGCAGCAUUGACAGCAUCGAAACGGGUGUAAAUAAAUAUUAUUAUUAUUAUUUUAUUGUUAUUAUUAUUAUUUGACUGCGGAUGCAGCGUCAGCAUUAUUAUUAUUAUUAUUAUUAUUAUUAUUAUUAUUAUUAUUCAACCAUGGACGCAGCAUUGACAGCAUCGAAAUGGGUGUAAAUAAAUAUUAUUAUUAUUAUUAUUAUUAUUAUUUGACUGCGGAUGCAGCAUCAACAUUAUUAUUAUUAUUAUUAUUAUUAUUAUUAUUAUUAUUAUUAUUCAACCACGGAUGCAACAUUGACAGCAUCAAAACAGGUGUAAAUAAAUAUUAUUAUUAUUAUUUUAUUGUUAUUAUUAUUAUUUGACUGCGGAUGCAGCGUCAGCAUUAUUAUUAUUAUUAUUAUUAUUAUUCAACCACAGACGCAGCAUUGACAGCAUCGAAAUGGGUGUAAAUAAAUAUUAUUCUUCUUAUUAUUAUUAUUUGACUGUGGAUGCAGCAUCAACAUUAUUAUUAUUAUUAUUACAUAGUAUGACACAGCAAACGAGAUAUAUAUGCUGGAUUUCAUAUUGCAAUAUCACAAGUUGAAUACUUCCCAAGUGUUUAGGACUGUGUGAUGUAUUAUUAUUAUUAUUAUUAUUAUUAUUAUUAUUAUUAUUAUUAUUAUUAUUAUUAUUAUUAUUAUCUGACUGCGGAUGCAGCAUCAACAUUAUUAUUAUUAUUAUUACAUAUUAUGACACAGCAAGCGAAUCUAUAUGCUGCGUGUUGUAUCACAAAAUCACAAGUCGAACACUUCCCAAGUGUUUAGGAUUGUGUGAUGUGUCGUUAUUAUUAUUAUUAUUAUUAGUAUUAUUAUUAUGGCACAGCAAAUGAGAUAGAUGUGCUGGAUUUCGUAUCACAAAAUCUCAAGUCGAACACUUCCCAAGUGUCUAGGACUGUGUGAUAUAUUAUUAUUAUUGUUGUUGUUGUUGUUAUUAUUAUUAUUUGACUGUGGAUGCAUUGUCAACAUUAUUAUUAUUAUUAUUAUUAUUAUUAUUAUUACAUAGUAUGACACAGCAAACGAGAUAUAAAUGCUGGAUUUCAUAUUACAAUAUCACAAGUAGAACACUUCCCAAGUGUUUAGGGCUGUGUGAUGUUGUUGUUAUUGUUAUUAUUAUUAUUAUUAUUUGACUGUGGAUGCAUUGUCAACAUUAUUAUUAUUAUUAUUAUUAUUAUUAUUAUUAUUAUUAUUAUUAUUUUUAUUACAUAGUAUGACACAGCAAACGAGAUAUAAAUGCUGGAUUUCAUAUUACAAUAUCACAAGUUGAACACUUCCCAAGUGUUUAGGGCUGUGUGAUGUUGUUGUUAUUGUUAUUAUUAUUAUUAUUUGACUGUGGACGCAGUGUCAACGGCAUCGGAACGGGACUGCUGUCCGUCAUGGAAAGAAUCCGUCCGUUGUUACUACGGAGACGGGAGAGAAUGCCGUGGAGGUCUGGACCGUUGAAGUGGACAGUUGGAGUGACCAGAAAGGAGCCGGCGUUGCCUUUCGGGAGGAUUUCAUGGAGGAGGAAAAGACCUUGGAGGCCUCUGUGGCGGGACACAUGACGGAAGAAGAGACGGAGGACAUGGACGAGAGCGAGAUCUCGGAGCUCCGGCGGGCGAGAGAGCGCAGCAGUGACCUGGACCAAGAAAUCCUGGCCCUGAGCAGCCGCAUCCGCUCCUUCGACUUGUCUUUCCUGCCCGUUUGCCCGGAUCAGUCCAGCCUUGGCCCGAGUCCAGUGGAGCGGACGUUUCUGGAGGCCUCGGAGGAGGCCGGCUCCACCUUCACCUCGGAGGCCGACGACUUCAGUGACCCCAAGACCGAAGACCUGGCCCUGGACCUGGAGCUGGAGCUGCUCCACCGACCCCAGGAAGACACAGGUCCAGAGGAAGCCCAGCAGCAGAUUGCAGAGCUGCAGCAGAAGCUGAAGGAAUCCCAGGAGCAGAUCCAACUCUGCGAGGCCCAGAUCUUGGAGAGCAAACGACUGGAAGGAGAAGUGGAAGAGCUCCGGGAAAAGGAGGCAGAAGCCCGGCAUCAGAUUCGGGAGGAGCAGCAGAAAAGGAAGGCCGUGGAUCGUGAGCUGGAGGAUCUGCAGCAGGAGAUGAGUCUCCAGAAGGAGAAGGAGGCCCAGCUGGAGAGGAUGUGUGCCGAGUUCGAGGCCCGGGCCCAGCAGCACGAGGCCCGGUUCCGGGUCCUGGAGGAGGAGAAGGAGGCCCUCUCCAACGAGGGGGAACUUUUCAAGAAGCUUUUCUGCUGCCGGACGGAGCAGACCAGCCUCUUGGAGCAGAUGGUGGCUUCGCAGCAGGAGAAAGAAGAGCUCCUCAAGCAGGCCCUGCGCCUCCGGAAACGCAUGGAGGCCUCCGCCAGGAAGCGGCAGGAGCGUAGGGAGCGUCGCAAGGCCAGGCUCCGCCGGGCCAAAGAGUUCUUCCUCUCGGAGCUCAAGCGCCGUGAAGCCUGCAUCCGCACCCUGGAGAACAAGCUCCGUCUCACCAGGGGACAAGCCGAAAAGAUGUCUUCUGUGAACGGGGCGCUGCUGCAGGAGAGGAAGAGUCUCCUGUUGCAGCUGCAUGACCGGCGGGAGGAGGCCACAGAACUCAACCACACGCAGCAGCGCCUCUGCGCCGUCCAGAGCAGGUGGGGCCCGGAAGCAGACCCCCAGGGAAGGGUCUCCGUGGCUCCGGAAGAGAGCCUGACCCUGGCCUGCCUUCCUGCCUCCCUCCCUCCCAGGGUGGAUCUCUUGGGGGAAGCCCAGCAGAAGCAGCACGAGCACAGCCUGCGCCUGGCCACCCAAGUCGGGGAGCUCCAGAGGGCCCUGCGCAGGAUCAGCCCGGACAACAACCUCCAGGAGCUGCAAAGCCAGAUGCUGCCCUUUUCCAGCAUCAGGACCUUUCGCAGCCUGGCGGCCCUUUGAAAACCAUCCAGAUACUUUGCUCAAAAAGAAGACUGAGAUAUUAUAUAUAUAUAUAUAUAUAUAUAUAUAUAUAUAUAUAUAUAUAUUCAUUUAUUUAGAGUUUCUAAACCUUUUUUUUCUAUCUGGUCCUUCCUUGCCUUUGUCUUGGACUUAGUUUAUUGAAUACAGGCAUAUAUACAAAUAUAUUGUGUCAUUGCCAUCGACUUUGUAAAAUGAAGGGAUUUGGGCAUUUCAGGUUCACUAUAUUCUCUCAAUUACUUUUCAGCUCAUGUGGGUAUAAUAAAAUAUAUGAUUCAGGUUUCCUCUAUUAAGUA